AUGGUAUGGUUCGGCUUCGGGUUCAGAGGAUUCGGGCAACUAGAACAGGGGGAGGGGCAGACUUUACUCCUCCCCGAACCGGUUCAGAUUAGAGGCUUAGAUCCGGAUCAGAAGAAGAUCCUCAGAGCGGCGCCCUCCUGGAGUUACUCGGCUUUUGUGACAGAAGAUGGCGGUUUACUUCUCUCCGGAUUUGUUGGUGGAUCUCCCCAGCGGUACCUCCAUUUCUGUGGUCUGGAUUGUCAGGAUGUCCUGCUAUCAGAGAAGUACAUGAUUGUUCUAAUGAAGGACAGGGUGGAGUGCUGGAACACUGGCUCCCUACAUCCCGAUGGAACACUGCCAGAGCCCAUGUGGAAAAUGGCGGUGUCUGCUGGAAAUAAAUCUGUCUUCCCCUUGGUGGGCAAUGGAUAUGUAUUACUUGAGCCUCCAUUCUUCAGGGAGCUCCCGCUCACAGUGCAGGCUCAGAGGAUUGCACUAGGGAAUGAACACGUUGUACUGCUGACCUCGGAUGGAAGAAUAAUGACCUGGGGAGCCGGCAGACAUGGGCAGCUGGGACAUGGAGAUGUAGAAGAUGUCUGGGAACCUCGCAUAGUGGAAGCUUUACAUGGGGUACCAAUGAAAGAAGUGGCAGCUGGAGGAUGGCAUUCAGCCAGUAUCAGUGAAGGUGGAGACAUUUAUUGCUGGGGAUGGAAUGAAUCUGGUCAGCUUGGACUUCCAUCAAAGACACAAGAAAAUACAAUACUUUAUUCCUGCUCAGGAGUGACCCUGCAGGAUGCAAGUGCAAAGGAGGAGGAUGAUGAUGAUGAUGAAGACAGUGGUUAUAUUGCAGUCCAGUCCUUCCCAGCUUUGAUUGACCUCCCGCAGGAAUCAGAAGCUUCAAAGAUAAGCUGUGGGUCACGUCACACGGCUGCAGUAACAUGUUCCGGUGAGUUGUACACUUGGGGUUGGGGAAGAUAUGGCCAACUUGGCCAUGGAGAUAUAAAGAGCUUGGAUCAUCCAACACGUGUGAAUUUUUUUUCUCAAACAAAGUUAUCUGUUGUAGAUGUGAACUGUAGACAUUGGAAUACUUUUGUGUUGUGCCAGGAUGCUAAAUAA